AUGCCAGCCGCCUCCCGCUAAAUGGCGCCGCUCCGCCGCCGGGCGCUGCUGCGGGCGCUGCUGCGGGCUCUGCUGCUCCCGCUGCCAGGAGUGUGGUGCUUUAGCGAACUGUUUUUUGUGAAAGAGCCUCAGGAUGUUACUGUCUCAAGGAAGGAUCCGGUGGUUUUAGACUGCCAAGCCCGUGGAGAAGCUCCUAUAACUAUUACGUGGCUGAAAAAUGGAGGCAAAGUAUCUGAAAGUGAACGGAUCUACACCUUAUCCAACGGCUCGUUAUAUAUCAGUGAGGUGGAAGGAAAGAAAGGAGAGCUGACUGAUGAAGGAUUUUACCAGUGUUUAGCUCUGAACAAAUAUGGGGCCAUUCUCAGUCAAAAAAGCCACCUCACACUAGCAACCAUUUCUGCAUUUGAAGUCCAGCCACUUUCAACUGAGGUCCAAGAAGGUGGAGUAGCUCGAUUUGCCUGUAAGAUAACAGCAAAUCCUCCUGCCACUGUGACAUGGGAAGUGAAUCGAACAACUUUACCUUUAGUCAUGGACAGGAUAACUGCUCUACCUACGGGAGUUCUUCAGAUCUACGGAGUUGAACUGAAGGAUGCUGGGAAUUACCGAUGUGUUGCCACAACGAUAGCCAAUAGACGUAAAAGCAGUGAGGCAGUGCUGAGUGUUAUUCCAGCCUCAGACUUGAAGCCUUUUCACAAGCCAUCUAUAAUAGCUGGUCCUCAAAACAUUACGGCAUCUCUUCAUCAAACUGUCAUACUGGAGUGUGUAGCCACAGGGAAUCCAAAGCCAAUCAUCUCAUGGAGCCGGUUAGACCAUAAGUCCAUUGACGUCUUCAAUACCCGUGUCCUUGGCAAUGGCAACCUCAUGAUCUCUGAUGUAAAGGUGCAGCAUGCAGGCGUGUAUGCCUGUCGAGCCACUAUUCCAGGCACACGAAACUUCACGGUAGCAAUGGCAACUCUCACUGUGCUGGCUCCACCUUCAUUUGUGGAAUGGCCGGAAAGUUUAACAAGGCCUAGAGCUGGUACUGCUCGUUUUGCUUGUCAGGCAGAAGGAAAUCCGGCCCCCAAAAUUUCGUGGUUAAAAAAUGGAAGGAGAAUACACUCCAAUGGUAGAAUAAAAAUGUACAACAGUAAAUUGGUGAUUAACCAGAUCAUCCCUGAAGACGAUGCCAUUUAUCAGUGCAUGGCAGAGAAUAGCCAGGGCUCUAUUCUCUCCAGGGCCAGGCUUACUGUAGUUAUGUCAGAAGACAGACCCAGUGCACCUUACAAUGUCCACGCUGAAACGAUGUCAAGCUCGGCAAUCCUGCUGGCGUGGGAGAGGCCACUGUAUAAUUCAGACAAAGUGAUUGCAUACUCUGUGCAUUACAUGAAAGCAGAAGGUUUAAAUAACGAAGAGUACCAAGUGGUCAUUGGAAAUGAUACAACCCAUUAUAUUAUUGAUGACUUGGAACCAGCCAGCAACUACACCUUCUAUAUUGUCGCUUAUAUGCCUCUGGGAGCCAGUCAGAUGUCGGAUCAUGUGACUCAGCACACCCUUGAAGAUGUUCCCUUGAGAGCUCCUGAAAUUAGUUUGACAAGCAGAAGUCCUACAGACAUUCUCAUCUCUUGGCUGCCAAUUCCGGCCAAAUACAGGAGAGGUCAGGUGGUCCUGUACCGUCUGUCUUUCCGCCUCAGCACAGAGACAAAAAUUCAAGUCUUGGAGCUUCCAGGGACUUCAGAUGAGUACCUCCUUGAAGGUCUGAGGCCUGACAGUGUGUACUUGGUUCGUAUCACUGCUGCAACAAGGAUUGGCUGGGGAGAAGCAUCUUUGUGGACUUCCCACCGGACUCCCAAAGCUACGAGUGUGAAAGCACCAAAGUCUCCUGAGCUGCGUUUGGAGCCGAUGAACUGUACAACCAUUACAGUACAGUGGCAGCAGGACUCUGAGGACACUGCAGCUAUUCAAGGGUACAAGCUGUAUUACAAAGAAGAAGGCCAGCAGGAGAAUGGACCAAUUCUGCUGGAUGCCAGUGAUCUUGAGUAUACUGUCAGUGGUUUAGAUCCUAGAAGAAAAUAUCAUGUAAGGCUGCUGGCAUAUAACAGUAUGGAGGAAGGUUACCAGGCAGAUCAAACAGUCAGCACUCCGGGAUGUGUCUCUGUCCGUGAUCGCAUGGUGCCACCACCACCGCCUCCUCACCACCUCUAUGCCAAAGCUAACACUUCGUCUUCUAUCUACCUUCACUGGGGAAAGCCUGCCUUUACCUCGGCGCAAGUCGUCAACUACACAAUCCGCUGCAACCCAGUGGGGCUGCAGAAUGCUUCUCUGGUUCUCUACCUUCAAACAUCAGAGACUCAUAUGUUAGUUCAAGGUCUUGAGCCAAAAACCAUGUAUGAAUUUGCAGUUCGGCUGCAUGUGGACCAGCUCUCCAGUCCCUGGAGUCCAGUAGUCUACCAUACCACCCUUCCAGAAGCACCAUCUGGCCCUCCAGUAGGAGUGAAGGUGACUUUGAUAGAGGAUAAUACUGCUUUGGUUUCCUGGAAGCCACCUGAUGGUCCUGAAACAGUUGUUACACGCUAUACUAUCCUGUAUGCAUCCAGGAAGUCUUGGAUUGCUGGGGAAUGGCAAGUGUUGCACAGAGAAGGAGCAAUGACCAUGGCUUUGCUGGAAAACCUUGUAGCAGGAAAUGUCUACUUGGUCAAAAUAGCAGCCUCCAAUGAAGUAGGAGAAGGACCCUUCUCAAAUGCAGUAGAACUUGCUGUCCUGCCGAAGGAGACAUCAGAGUCUAAUCAGAGGCCUAAACGCUUGGAUCUGGGAGAUUCCACAACUUAUUCUGACUAUUACCAUCUGGACCAGAAAUCAAUGACUGGCAUUGUUGUUGGGGUUUGCAUAGCCUUGACGUGCAUCCUUAUCUGCAUCCUGAUCUUAAUUUAUCGAAGUAAAGCCAGGAAAACAUCUGCUCCUAAACCUGUGCAGCAAAGCACUGACCAGCUGUCACGUACCAGCAUCUCAUUAGCCAGUGCUAAUGAGGUGGAGAAGGGUAUUGAAGGAAUUGCAGAGAAUGAAGAAUCCUUAUUGCCAAUGAUAGUGGGAAACAGCUUCAUCGACGCUAAGGGGGGAUCUGAUCUGAUUAUUAACAGCUACGGGCCUGUCACAAAGGCUAACUGCAAGAAAAGGUGGCUGUUCUUCCAGGAUACUAAGAAGGUGAAGACUGAGGAGCCUCAGAGAAGAUUUGUCCAGGCGGUGUGUCUGUAUAAGCCAGGCACCACUGUGCUGCUCGGUGAGGAUGACUCCCCCAGCUCUCCUGGCCAGCAGUCGAAUUUCCAGGUGCCGUUCAGUAUUGUUGCCGAUACGGAGCAUUCGGCCAACAGUGAAGGAAGCCACGAGACCGGUGACUCCGGAAGAUUUUCUCACGAGUCCAACGAUGAGAUACACCUCUCCUCUGUGACAAGUGCCACCCCUCCCACUACUGGUCCGUUUGUAAGCAGUGACUUGGAUAUGAACACGUUGAGCCCUGCCAUGAGUAACUGCACAGAGUCUCCUCUGCCGUUUGCUACUGACCAGACUCCUACCUCACCUCUUCAGAUCCACUCUGCGGUGCAAAACUGACACCCUUAGGGCCACGCCAGACAUUCUUGCAGUGUAUGUCUGUUCGAAGGACAAUGAACAGGGAGCCAAAGUUUUAUUGUGGAAAACCUGACUAACCUAGCAGGUGAUCCCAUAUUUCUGUUGAAUGUUUGGGGUUUUUUGUUUGGUUUUUUUUUUUUAUUUUGUUUGUCUUUUAAAACUCACUCAUUUUGAAUGUUCAGUGGUCAACAAAUGUGAAAGGACAGUGAAGAUUUCCGACUAAAGUUAAAAAUAUGUCACUGGAGCAAAGGGAAGGCUGUUGGCCCUUUUGCUGACUAUCUACCUCCGUUUGCCGAGAGGCAAACUAUGAAUGACAACUGCUUUACCUCAUUUGUGUUCUAGUUGGUCUCAGCUAUGGAACUGAUGAUACUUCCUAGUAGUGUUGUUUUAUUUUGGGUAUGUUUUGGUUUUGGUUUUUUUUCCCCCCAGUUGUGUCUAGAGUGUGUGUGUGUGUGUGUGCGCGCGCGCACGUGUAUGCGCUCAGUGAUCAGGGAGUUGUAUAGGUAGGUGAACAAGGUUGUUUAGCUGAAGCUCUGUCUUUAAAAAGAAGGAAAUCUCAGAGUAUAAAAUGUAAUUAUUUAAUGUGGUUGACUUAGAGGAUGUUAAAAACUGGGAAAACCGGAGUUGGUGCUUCCAUGUAUGCAGCCACAUGAAAUCUUUUGUACUUCUUGAUCUCUCAUAACCCCAGUAAGCCUAGGACAGUGCCUUUCCCCCAGAAAUUUGUGCCAGCAACUGCUGGUAGGAUGUAUGCUAUAUCCUUAGGGCUCUGGGACAUGUUGGGUUCCCCACAGCGACAAAUGUUGCCCCUUUAUUGACAGUUAAUGCUAAAAAGCAUGGCAAAAUGAAGUAUUCAGCAUUUCCAAACAGUUUGGCUCUGCUUGAGAGUCAUGGAAUGGGUAAUAAUGCUGAGUAUUCACAGUACUUCUAGCAAUGGUGCCUUGCGUUAUAUAUUAUGAAAUUACUAAUUUGCCUUAUGCCUUUUUAGUAUUCAUAAAGUUGCUUUGGAGUACAGGAAGAUGCCUUAAAUGCUUCUUAGAUGUUUUAAGUAAACUGUAUCAUGAGUUUAUAUUAAUUUUUACCCAGCUUUGAGUGCUGAUAGGCACUGCUAGCAUCGUAGUAUGUCUCAGAGCUGUUGUUAGGAUGCAGCCCUGCUCCUUGCCUUCGCCUAGUGUGCUGUUAGCCAGGAAUUUUAGCUCAGGGAGUGACUUUACCCACAUGCCAAUCUAAAACUCUGAUUAGGUUACCAUGAGAAAUAAAAAAGCCAGAGCUUUAGUUGAAGAGUCUGUUGAAAGAGGUGAGUACUGCUACUGCCUUGAACCCAUGCAAUUCCUGUUUUAUACUACCUCCUUUAAAAGUUAUUCUAGUGGUUUUUGGGGUAUUUUGUUGUUGUUGUUUUUUCCUGUACUCAGGGAACAGUCUGUUACUUUUGAGCUGCCUCACGGAAACGUGGAGCAAACUGACAGGGUAUCAUGUUUUGUUUUUUAAUAGGAGAGAGAGAGAGAGGGAGGGAGGAGGUUGGAAUCAUUCAAUGUUAAAAACUUGACUGUACCUAUAUCCAGGCCUCUUCUCCACUCCUCCUCUUUCCCUGUUUUACUUUAAAAAAAAAAAAAAGAAAAAAAAAAAGAAAAAAAAGAAAGGAAGAAAAGAAAAAAAAUGAGGCAUAUGUUUUUACUUAAAAAAAAAGUUUAAAAUGUAAGGUUGUGCGAAAGCAACCAUAGGAACUCCUGGCUGUAUUGAAUCUGUCAGAACUCCCGUUGACUUUCCUGGGGCCAAGAUGUUGCCCCUCAGGUAGGCCAGGCUGACUUCUGUAUCGUUCCUCACGUAUCCAGAGGUGGUCAGAAGUCAUCAGUAAGCCCUCCUGUUCUGUUUUGUGUUGCUGGAUCAGCCUCUAGUUCCUGUAGUCCUUUACCUUGUAACUGUUUGCUAGUUCUGAACCAGACAGUACGUGUUCACCUUCUCGUAACAGUGUUGAUUCAAAUGCUUUAAAAACGAUCUUGUACCAAAGACUUUUCUGUAGAAGGAAGCCACAUAUUGUCCAAAAAUGAUUGAACUAGUUAAAAGCUAUAGGUUUGAAGAGCUGAAUACAUUUUAUUGUAUAAGUAGUUACUAACAAAAAACAAUAGGGCUUCUUGAUUGUAGUAGUUGAUUGCAUAGAUGAGUUGUAUGCUUCCACAAUUUUAACUACCUUGUUGUUACAAGAGCCUUUAAAAAAAGUUAUAAUAAUACCAGCAGAUAUCUCCAAAGACUUCCAAGUGUAAUUUUUUUUCUCCAGCAUGUAGUUGAUCAACAAUACAGUAUUAAAAAUAAUAUUUUUGAACAGUUUUUUAUCUACUUGCUGAAGAAAAAGAAAACCUUUUCACCAAAGAUUUAUUUUUGGUCUCAUCAGGCAGAAUGUUUAGUGUACAGCAGAGUACUGUUUCUAGUUAGGUAAAGUGUGCAUUAAUCAAAACUAGAUUAAGAAUGUGUAACUGUAGCAUGAAGUUUCACACUUCAUCUUUCAGAGUAGCCUCUUUUGUUAGUUUCGUUCAGAAAUAGCUGAUAUGCAGAUGGUAACUGCUUCUCCAAAGACUUGUUUGCUGUAAGUACUGAUAAUGGGAUGUAAUGUUACAACCUUCACUACAGGUAAAUACUUUAAAUCCUAAACUACUACUUCUGGUUACCCACUCUGUAGUAUAACCCAUGGAUAAUUUAGAGAGAGACAGACUUCAUAUAAAAUUUGUCAAUCUAAUAUAGAUGCUCUAACUUCAGUAGCCAGAGUUGAAAAUACUCAGUGUAUUAAGAGAGCAGUGCACACAGAACUCUAUUCGUCACUUAAUGUUUUGUUAAGGUACUUUUUAUCAGCAAAUAAAGAAAACCAAAGAUAUUUAAGGUUACCUCAGCGUAUAGGCAAGCUUAGUUAGGCAUUAAUUAUUCUGUCUUUUUUCUUUAUUUUUAUGUUAACCAAUUAAAUAUGUUUCUCCAGAACCCAGUCUACAUUCACGUGCUUCCCUUUACCUUGUCAUGUAGUCGUGAUUACUACAGAACAAAAAAUAUGUUUUCCUCAAAAUUCAUGGCCUAUUACUACUAUAUCACAAGAUGUUGAGAGAGAGUUUGUCUUAUGAUUGAAAACUCCACCAAUAUAAGUAAAGGAUCUCCAGAAAAAUUGUGAAAAAAUUGAUACAUUCUCUAUUGAACUCAAUCACAGAUUCAAAGCUUCAUGAUUGUAACAGUGCAAAAUUGGGCUCAGAGUUAAAAUGCUUCAUAUCCUUGAAGCGAACACAUGCAGUUAUUGAUAUGAUACUACAGAUACUAAUUUUCUUAGAAGUUUAUACCUGUGGCUAAGGAAAUCAGUUUUCCAUAUUUAAACAUUGUUCACUCUGUUCGCCUAGAAAGAGCUGGCAGAACACAGCAAGGCAGAAUGGUUUCAGGUUUUCCAGUGUUCUUUUUUCUUGGUUAUGAUUGUAGAAACUGGGUCCUGGAGAAAAAAUUAUCUUUUUUUUUAAUUAUGAAUUUUACUAAAUAUGUUCUGGAAGAUGAACAUAAAUGUGGAAUUGAGUGUUACACUAUGUGAAUUGAUUUUGUUUAAGUGUAUUAAGAACUAAGGAGCCAUGGCUGGUGUAAUGAAUGUAUAUGCAACCCUGGUACUUUAAAAAGCAAGCAAAGUUAUUACAGUUGAUGUAACUUGAAAAGCAUCAAAACUUACAGAGGAAAUCUGGAAACUGGCUUACCAUGCUAAUUGUGUUGCCAUGUGAGGACUCUGCCCUCUGAUUGCAACAGCAAUGCCUGUUCUGCAGGACCUGCAUCCAAACCCAAACGCUUGAUCUGCCCUCGGUUAUACUUGUGUUCUUUCUUCAUAUUUAACAAAUAAAAAGUAUUCUCAUCUUUCAGGAGUUACCUAGGAGAACUGGGAAUGUGUAUGCUGUGUAGAACAAGGCCUAUCAGUAGAUACUUAAUUUAUUUUUUUUAAUAGCUCUGCUUUUGUAAGAGAAACUUGAAAAAUCUACAUAUCACUUUUAAUAAUUUCCUAUAAUGGCUGUGUAUUUUCUGUAUAACUUACCAGAUUCUAACAGAAGAGUAUUGAGAGAUUUCUGUACUUUUUAAAAAUUAUUCUUUGUAGUUCAUUCCAUCUUUGGUUUUACUCCUUUGCUGUAGACAAUGAGCUAAAUCUUGUUUGCCUUAUUUAAAUGAGGGUCGUCAAUCUGUUUCUUUAAGUCAAUGGGAGAAUUAAUCUUUAUUUCAGUUUUCAUGGUCUGGAGAGACAUCAUCAGCUUUUUGCUUGUCCAUUUUUUAAAUCUUCACAGCCUUAUUUUUCUUGUAAAGGACAGAAUCCUCAUGUAGUUAAAAUCCCACUGGCAAAUGGAUUUUUGUAAGAUCACAAGUUACCAUGCAUCAGAGGUCCACUGUAACUUUCCAUACAACCAGUCUUAGCCUGUAGUAAAUACUGAGUAUUUCAAGUCAGUUUACCUCCUUUUCAUUGCAAACUAAGUCAACUCAAAUGACUUACCAUUUGCUGCAGCCUGAGCAUACACAAGCAUAGU